AUGACAAUUGAUAAUCUACCUCAAAAAGAAUCAAUUUUAUUAAAAUAUAUCAAAUUAAACAUGGUUUUAUUCAACAUGAAAAAGCAAUUGGAGAAUGAGUGCAAGACAGGUAAGUUUUGGAUCAAACCUUGCCCAUUCCCAUUCUUUUUGAGGCUAAAGUAUGAUUAUUCGGAAACAAAAUUCGGAAAUAGAAGCUAUUGGACAAUCAAACCAAAGCACGCUACUUCAGACAACCUUUUAUUCUACUUCCAUGGAGGUGGAUUCAUCAGGAAUAUCGUGUUUUGGCAGUGGAUGCUCGUUGCAGAUUUAAUUUCUCGAACCAACGCCACAUUUAUAAUUCCGAACUACGAAAUUGCUCCUUAUUGGACUUAUAAAGAAACAUAUGAAUUCAUUAAAGACUGCUAUCUUGAAACACUCAAGCUAUAUCCCCAUAUGAAUAUUCAUCUCAUUGGAGAUUCUGCAGGUGGUGGAUUUAUACUAAGCUUUGCUAACUCAUUAAAGGAAUUAGGAGUUAAACAACCAAAGAAUUUACUUAUGAUUGCACCUUGGCUUGAUUUGUCAGGACAAAACACAGAUUACUAUGAUAUAGUUCCUUAUGACAAGCUACUUGACUAUAAUGGUGGAGUUCUUGCUGCAAACCUCUUUGCUGGAAAAAUGAACAAGGAAGAUCCGCGACUCAGCCCACUUUUCGGAAAUCUCAAAGAUUUACCAAGAAUGGCCAUUUUUGUUGGAACGCAUGAUUCUCUUAUGGCAGACUGCAGACUCCUUCGAAAACGACUUAUUAAUGAGAGUAUCCCUCAUGAAUACCACGAAUUUCCUAAUAUGUUCCAUGUUUUCAAUGCCGCUACCCCUCUCAAAGAAUCCCAAAUUGCCAACCAGCGUAUUGCAGAUAUUGUUAAUCAAUCAUAA